UAUGAAUUUAGAUGAUUAAAUGGAAAGAUGUGCUUUGGAAUAUUGUAAGAGAAGAGAUUUCUUACCAUUUUAGUGUACACUUUGUAAUAAAAAAUUUUGUCUUGAACAUAAGGAUCUUAAAGAUCAUGAGUGUCCAUUUUAAUUUGCUGAAAAGAAGGCUGUGUAAUGUUCUAAAUGCAAUAAAGUUAUUCAAUAUUUAUCAACCAAAUCAGAAGAAGAGGUGUUAAAGUAACAUGUAUGCGAAUAAGUAAAGAAAGAGGAAUAAAAAUGUCCUUAAUGUAAAGUAAGAUUAAAUGAAGUGAACAAAUAUGAAUGUAAACAAUGUCAUCGAGAGGUUUGUUUAAAACAUCGUAUGUAAGAAGAUCAUAAUUGCAGGAGGAUUAAUUAGACUGGCUGUUGUACUUUAAUGUGA